CGAACGCUACCAUUGUUCAAGCCAGACAGCGUUUGAUACAGCACAGAUCCGAUUCGAGAGAGAUGGCAGAAACCGCUCCAGCACCGGCCGCUGCAGCCCCGGCCAAAGCGCCCAAGAAGAAGUCAGCUGCGAAAGCCAAGAAAGCAGGUCCAGGCGUCGGUGAGCUCAUCGUCAAAGCCGUGUCCGCAUCCAAGGAGAGGAGCGGCGUGUCCCUCGCCGCUUUGAAGAAAGCUCUCGCUGCCAGCGGUUACGACGUGGAGAAGAACAACUCCCGCGUCAAGAUCGCCAUCAAGAGCCUGGUGACUAAAGGCGCCCUGGUGCAGGUCAAAGGGACCGGCGCCUCGGGCUCAUUCAAGCUCAACAAGCAGCAAGCCGAGACUAAGAAGAAACCGACCAAAAAAGCAGCUCCUAAAGCGAAGAAGCCCGCGGCCAAGAAACCCGCUGCUGCCAAGAAGCCCAAGACCGCAGCGGCAAAGAAGCCCGCUGCAAAGAAAUCGCCCAAGAAGGCCAAGAAACCCGCCGCAACAGCCGCUAAGAAGGCGACGAAAAGCCCCAAGAAGGCAAAGAAGCCAGCAGCCGCUAAGAAAGCAGCCAAGAGCCCCAAAAAGACCAAGGCGGCUAAACCUAAGGCGGCAAAGCCUAAAGCCGCCAAGCCUAAAAAGGCAGCGCCCAAAAAGAAAUAAAUUCUUCACUGUUUUUCCUCAACGGCUCUUUUAAGAGCCACCCAAUAACUCUGAAUAAAGAGCAAAACUCCGAUGUUAUUGAUUUGACCUGCAAUUUCAAUAGCUAAUGGAAGUAAAUUUUUGUAAAAGCUUAAAAUUCGUUAACAUGCGUGUUCUGGGCGCAGUAUUUAAAUCACAAAAAAGCAAAGGAACAUUCUACAAUGCUUGACAUUUAAUUGCCUCAUGUACUUACUGGUUUUAAAAGCUGAAAUUCAGUAUACACCUGCAAGCGGACAAGCCCGGAAAUUUAGUAUUAAUGCUUGGUACAAAACUGUUUAAUUUAUAUAUUUAUUUAUUUUAAAUAAUAAUGGCAGGCCUCGUUUACCCUUCGAGGUGGACGUAGGAAAAAAAAAAAGUUUUGGAGGGAAGUUAAGUGAUUAGUUUAAAGUCUUAACAGGCUGUAAACCAAUGGGCGACUGGCACUGUUUCAACCGGUUUGACCCCCGGAUUCACAGACAAGGCUUAAGCUAGUCCUAGACUAAAAUGCAUGUUUGAGCUGUUAACUGAAAGUAAUUUGCACUGACAUAUCUUAAAGUACGUCAGCGCCAUUGUUUUGUCUUGAGAUGCACACAAGUGAUGUUUUUUUUUUUUUUUUUUUUUCUAAGGUACAUUUAUAAAAGCUACUUAAAUGUCCUAAUAGAACCAAGGCCAAAUCCUGGCUUAGUCUAAGCCCUUUCUGUGAAACCGGGCCUAUAUCUUGGCAAAGUAAAUUAUUUGUAAAACUUAUGUUAAAAUAUUGUUUCACCACUUUAGUUUUACUGACAAUGUUUUACACAUGCUGACUGUGUAUUUAGAAAUGCUAUAAACUAUGACAGAGGUUAUUAAUAUUUAUCUCAAUAACCUUAAUAAAUAAUUAACCUUACUUUA